AGAUAGAUUUUCUAACCCAUGAAUAUGAAUUGUUUCGUAUGAAGGAGAAUGAGAAAAUCGAUGAGAUGUUUGAACGAUUCUCCAAAAUCGUUAAUGAUCUCCAUGCUCUCAAGAAGACGUACACGGACAAGGAGCUUGUGAGAAAAAUCCUGCGAAGUCUCACACCAGAGUGGCAAUCCAAAGCCGAUGCCAUUCAAGAAUCCAUCGGCAUCACCAACGUCACCAUUGACGGACUUAGAGGUAAUCUCAAAACCUAUGAGUCUACCAUUCUUUAUCCCUCUCUAGGUGAACAAAAGAAGAAUGGGAUUGCCCUCAAGGCAUCUGCAAGCCAAGAACGUGCUAUGGAGGACUCGAGUGACGAAGACGAGUUCGGGAUCGUGCUCAAGAAAUUCCAUAAGUUCAUGAGCCAAGAGUAUGAACGGAAAGGAAAGAAGGAAGGAGGUCCAUCCAAAUGCUACGGGUGUGGAGAAGUUGGGCAUAUAAAGCCAAAAUGUCCAAACGCCAAGAACAAGAAGAAAAUGUUCAAGAAAUACCGAGCCUACAUCUCAUGGGGAGGUGAUUCCGGCGACGAGUCAUCGGAAGGCAAAGAAAAUGAAAGCGCAAACCUUUGCCUCAUCGCACACGAGGAACCACCGGAAGAGGAGGUCAAAGAAAAUGAUCUCGCACCGGGAAGAACGUUGCUUCCUCCUCGACUCCUCCUCCACCACCGGCGCACCAAUACCUCGACGGAUCUUUCUUAUGGUUCAACGACCGCGCAGAGGCGACGCGGUUCUCGGAGAAGUUUGAGCACCAAGAAAAUUCUCCCUCCCCGAUUCUCCACCGCCCGCUUCAUUCAUGACUCCAUUCCACAUGAGGCACGGGUUAUCCUCGAACGUGGAAACUUCCUCGACCUCCUCUACAUCAAGAAGGCUCAUUAUCAACCCUUUCUUGUUCGAGCUUUCUACUCGAACUUGAAAAAGGAUGAGGACGGAGCAUUGAUCUCUAACUUCAACGGGGUGGACAUUUAUUUGAAUGAGGAAAACACUCAAAUCCUCACCGGAAUUGAAUAGAUAUAUUUGAGACAUAGACUGUGUCCCAACGGAUUGGACACAAUCACUGGAUUCUCCAGGUUCUCUCUCGGAAUAUUAAACGAUACGGGCAUAGAUGUACACAGAUAUGACAAUGUGGAACCUGGGCCAAUCAAAGCAGAUAUGGAUG